AUGCAGCAUGCCACAUGCUUGCGACUUCCUCUCAAGACUGGGUUUUGUAAUGAUCGCCGCGCUGUGGCCGGGCUGGCCCGCGCCAUGGCGACACCCAAGGGAAUGCGAGCAAAGUCCAUUGGCCACUAUAUCCUCGGCAAGACGAUCGGGGAGGGGACCUUCGGAAAGGUCAAGCUCGGAACCCACAUUCUUACGGGCGAGAAGGUGGCGGUGAAGAUUCUCGAGAAGGAGCGAAUUGUGGAUGUUGCUGAUGUGGAGCGAGUUGCCCGGGAAAUUCACAUCCUCAAACUGGUGCAGCAUCCGCACAUAAUUCAGCUCUACGAGAUCAUAGAGACACCACGUCAACUGUAUCUCAUUAUGGAGUACUGUCCCGGUGGGGAGCUCUUUGACUACAUCGUGGCCCAGGGCCGGGUGAAAGAAAGAGAGGCAUGCCGCUUCUUUCACCAGAUCAUGGCCGGGGUUGAGCAGAUCCAUAGGAUGAACGUCGUUCAUCGAGAUCUGAAGCCUGAGAAUCUGCUGUUGGAUGAGCAGAGAAACAUCAAGAUCGUGGACUUUGGCUUGAGUAACACAUACCAGGAUGGUCAGCUUCUGAAAACCGCCUGCGGGUCUCCGUGCUAUGCGGCCCCAGAGAUGGUUGCAGGUCAGCGCUAUGUUCCAUCCCGUUGCGACAUAUGGAGCUGCGGCGUGAUUCUUUUUGCCUUAGUCUGUGGAUAUCUUCCAUUCGAAGAUCAGAAUACAUCGGCCUUGUACCGCAAGAUUCUGAAUGCAGACUACCAGGCUCCGAAGUUUAUUUCGGAAAACGCACGCGACCUCAUUGCCAGGAUGUUGAACACUGACCCUGAGCAGCGCUACACCACGCCAAAGAUCCGAGCACAUGCUUGGUACCGGCAAAUCAGCGAGGCGUCGCUGUCCCUCAAUGGAGGUGCCGGGUCCAAGAUCCUUGAAGAGGACGUGCUGGACCAACUUGACCGUUUCGGCUUUCCCAGAGACUAUGCCAUCAAGUGCUUGCAGAUGGGAAAGCACAACCAUGUCACCACCACGUAUCAUUUGCUCGUCGAGAAGAAGAAGCGCUCAGGUGGAAGCUUGAAGGCCUUGGACCAGAAUGCGCAUGCUGGUUUCGAGGGCCCUAUCACGCGACCCGACUUCCGUGAGAUGGAGUUGCCCGCCGAGCGAUCUCCCUCACCAUCGCCGUUCCAGGCCGAAACUGCAGAAAAGCCCAAGCUCAGCCUUGAUGAGCCAGUGGCCCGCACGAUCGCCGCAGACGCAGAUCGCGCGGCCGGCGGAUCGUCGCCACGUUCUGCAGGAGGUUCCAAGACCCCAGAACCAGGAGCUCCGAACUACGGGAACUGGGCCUUUCCAGGGCAACUUCCUGGACAAGUUGCACCUGGGCAUGCUCCAGGUCCCGUCAAAAGCCAGGCAGAGGCUUCAAGCAAGCCAUUGGAGCCACGGCCGCCCUCUACAGGGCAUCCCAGCCGUGGCCGUCACCAAGACAUGAGUCACACAGCCACUCAUGGGACUUCGACGCCCGUUGGCAGGCGAAAAGUCUCCUCAUCUCAGGCCCAGACGCCGAACGGAUCCUCCUUCCAGCCGGCAUCAGGCACUCCGACACCAAGAGGAUAUCGAACGAGCACGCCUAGCGGCCGCCACAAUGCAGGUGAUCCUGGGCCUCAAAGCGCGCGGGAACCACAGAGACCUGGCACUUCACAGGGCAUGAACACCCCAACCCGGCCCGCCGGGCCGGCCUCAUCACGUGCUCAGUAUGUGAACGAGGCGCGAAGGAGGCACUAUGCAGCGCCGGAGGCUUCUUCAAGCUUUCCGGUGCCCCACAGACGGCCAUCAAAUACCAGCAGCCGCCGCAUCGGUGGGCCAGCAGAGGGUGCUGCAGCAACAGCAGCAUCUGUGGCAGCAGACCUCUACACUGGCCAUGCCGCUGCUUGGACGAGCCGCACAUAUGGGGCGCGUGCAGCUUCGACAACGCCGGACGGCAUUCACGGCUCCUCCGGUGAAGUGCUGGGCCCUGGUUCGGCCAGAGACAACAGAGACCAAUCCAUGCGAACAUGUCGUGGCGCUUUCAACGUCUCCUGCACCUCUUCCAAAGCACCGAAGCAGAUCAUGCAGGAGAUACACAAGGCGCUAACAUUGCAGCGAGUGGUCUUCAAGCAGGCAAACACCUUUCUCGUGCGUUGUCAAAAGCAAAGUUUGCGCUUUGAGAUGGAAAUCUCUCAUCUGGAUCACCUGGAAUCGAUUUAUGUUGUUCGUUUCAGACGCGCAGCUGGCGAGCUCGCAUCGUACAAGGAGCUUUGCUCCCGCGUGCUGGCCGAAAUGAAAAUUUAA